AUGAGUUCCGAAGAAUUAGCUGCUAUGCAGCAAAGAAUUAUGCAAUUAGAACAAUUGAUAUCACAAGCACAACAGGCCCAAUCUUCAACAGGGCCACAGCCACCACCAACGCAACAAAUGGCUGAAGAUAGAAUGGAGGAACAGCAGGGUGUUCUACAUUCUCUUGAAAUAAGACCCUCAUACACGUGGAAUCCAUCACCGUUAUUAACUGAAAAGUUAUCGUUGGAUAGCUCAUUAUUUCCCGAUACAACUAUGCGGGAUGAGGAAAGACGUUUAUUAAUCGAUAAAUAUCCAGGCAUCGAGACCGUUCAAUAUCAGCCACCAGAAUCUAUACCUAGUGCCGCGCGUAGAAUGAACAAAUAUCAGGCCAAACAAGAUAUGUCGUUAAAGCGUUUGCAGUACUUAAUUUCUCGAGUUUUUCGUCCGCUGGAUGUAUUGGGUUUAGAGCUUAGUCUCGAGACUCAAAAUCAAAACGUACAGCGAUACCUAGAAAUGCUUAGUGAUUGCAGAUCCUUAUUACUAAAUGUAUCAGCAAAUGUAAACGAUCUACGUAACAAAAUUGCUUUUCAAGCUAUAAAUCCCUCAUUCACAACAACUAAUGCAAGCAGUACAAAUUAUACUAUGUCUCCAACUCAGUUCCAAGAAGCUAUAACUCAACAGACUACAUCAUCUCAAGCAAUGAAAUCAGCAAGUAAUCUGCGUAAUAAAAAGCGACAAUUUAGCAAUACCAACAACAGCAACACCAUGUGGAGCAAUAACAACAACAAUCAACAAUAUCAACAACAACCACAGCAGUUUUUUCGGCCGGCUCCGUCCUCACAACAGGGCGGUUUUCUCAACAACAACAACAACAACAACAACCACAGCAACAAC